GGGCAGGGGGUUGGGGUGGGUGGAUACGGGCUAAUCUCCCGGGGGGCAAACAGCAGCCCAACAGCAGCAGAACAACAGCACUUUAGAGGGGCCAGUCCUGGGAGCAUUCCUGCUAGGCGAUCUGUCAUGUGACCAAUGGCCCAACGCAGUGGCCCAACGCAGUGGCCCAACGCAGCGGCCCAACGCAGUGGCCCAGAGACGCUCAUCUCUUUGUUGUGGAUUAGUCUAUAUGAAGGGAGAAGAAGGGAGGAUUAUUUUAGCAUUUUUUAAUUGUGAGAUUUCUGUCUACACACAAGCUUGUUUUGGUAACAGCUGUUAGACUGGCUGGAUAUGUAGUGUUCAUGUUUAAGAGGAUGAGGAAACAUCUGAUCUGUAGACUUUAGUCUUAAAACGCUGCCUGACAUACUGGAAGCAAGCCCAGUAAUGGGAAACUGAGGUCGUUUUGCGACAAGAGAAACAAAUACUUUUACUUUUAUUCAUUAAUUACAGUCUUUUUAUCCUGUCAACAUGGACAUCCACCAACUUGAAGCAUUGCGCUUUUACAUGAGUCAGAGUGUCAGCGAUUCUGGGCUCUUCUACAGCAACUUCUCUGCCAGUGAACAGAGCAUCUGCCAAGCCCGUGCCUCUGUCAUGGUGUACGAUGACGCCAGUAAGAAAUGGGUGCCAAUCAAGCCAGGCCAGCAGGGUUUCAGCCGAAUCAACAUCUACCAUAACACGGCCAACAACACCUUCCGAGUGGUCGGGGUCAAACUGCAGGACCAGCAGGUAGUGAUCAACUAUUCCAUAGUGAAGGGGCUGAAGUAUAACCAGGCCACGCCCACCUUCCACCAGUGGCGUGAUGCCAGGCAGGUGUAUGGCCUCAACUUCGCCAGCAAGGAGGAGGCCACCACUUUCUCCAAUGCCAUGAUGUUCGCCCUGAAUGUGCUCAGUUCGCAAGAUGGAGGACCCGCUGUCCAACGCCAAAAUGGGCCCUCGUCAGAAGACCCCGAUGCACAGAGGAGGCAAAUGAUGGAGCAGCAUCAGAUGCAGGGAGUGGCCCACAAAGAGAGGGAGCGGCGGACGUCUGGCUCGGUUGUCUCCACCCUCCAACAUAAGGUGUCAUCCCCUCCCUCUCAUCCCCAUGACACGCCCACUGAGUUCAGACACUACCGGGCCUCCACCCUGCCGCCCUCCUACGCCCGAUUGCCCUCCAACUCCUCCCCUUCCUCCUCCUCCUCCUCCUCCUACCAGGACAGGGAGGCUGUGGCGGCGGGGGGCGGGCUGGCUGGCGACAACACCACCCAGCUCUCCCAGCUCUCAACCUCCCUGGCUUCGGCCUUCUCACCCGUGCUGCCUGGGGUGCCCGCGGCCCUGGCCCGGCAGGUGCGCCAGAUCCCCCUGUCCCCCCCCGCCAUGCGGGCCCACCACCAGGGUCACGCCCAGCAGGAGCCAGCGCUGCCCCCCAAGCACGGGACCUGGUCUGCCUCCCAUGGUCACAUGUUCAACCCUGUGCCCUGCAGUCCCCAUGCAGGGGGCGUGGUGGCCGUGCCCCCUAUGCCCCAGCCCGUCCUCCCUGUGGCCCUCCCUCUGCCGCCUCGCCACAGCCGGGUAAAGCCACACCCCCUGGACCAGCCCGGCCAACCCCAUAUCCCGGCCUACGUACCCAGUUCCAAUGGCCAAUCGGAGGACUACUGUAACCUCUAUCAGGCCAGCUUCGCCCAGGGCCCCGCCCCCAUGUCCGGCCACCAGGCCCAGUACCCCUCCUCCUUCCAUACCGAGCAGCAGAUGUACCCAGCCGGGCCCCCACCACCACCGGCACCCCAAUUCUCCCCCCCCUCAUACUCUGCAGCCCCGUCAGAGGGUGGCUCAGCCGCUCUGGGCACUCAGGCUUCCACCACCACCAGCAGUCCAGUGUCCCUCCCCACCGUGCUGGCUGUGGCCCCGCCGGCAGCUCCCGCUGCGCCCAUGGCACCCCCACCCCCACCGGGCCCCCCGCCCCCAGCCACGGUGCCACCUCCGAUGCCCCCUCCACUGCCGGUUGGUGGAGGACCCGGCGGGCCGCCAGUCGGGGGAGUGGGGAACGAGCUGGCGCAGCCACUCUCAGGACUUGCGGCCGCCUUGGCUGGAGCCAAACUCCGCAAAGUGGCAAGGGAUGAAAACAGUCCCCCAGGAACAGGAGCAGUGAAGAGCGAUGCCAACCGCUCGAGUGGAGGUAGUAGUGGUGGAGGGGAGGGGCUUAUGCAGGAAAUGAACGCCCUUCUUGCGCGCAGACGGAAAGCCUCAGAGAAGCCUGAGGAGGAGGAUCCCAAGCCAGGCCAGAACUCCACAGAUGCGGGGAAGAAGCCAUGGGACAGGGCAAACUCUGUAGACAAACCAUCACUGGUAUCAAGGGUGCGACCAGUGGGGAGCACCAGCGAAGGUGACGUAGACUUUGACAGGAUGAAGCAGGAAAUCUUGGAGGAGGUGGUACGGGAAUUGCAGAAGGUGAAAGAUGAGAUCAUUAAUGCCAUAAGACAAGAAAUCGGUCGAAUCCAUACAUCAUAAUCUCUGGACGGCAGGACCUGCUGGAAGUAUGAGGGACAAGAAGAUGUGCUGUGAAGGAAUGUUCUCUCAAUUUUUCUGUGACGCUACGAAAACAUUUCUGUAACGGUGCAGAAAGGUUGAGCCAACAUUGAGUCUGCUGUGCAGAACAGAGGGAUAAAAAUGAAGUGGGAGAACGCGGACGAGAGAGAAGAUAACAGAAGAACAGACGGAUUGACGGGCGGACGCUUGUACGGUUUUCCAUUGUUGUCCUCUCCGUGCAUUUAAAGACUCAGUCCACUUAGCAGCUUGCUGCUCUAAGUAUGCUCUAAGUCUUACAAAAGAAAAUAUUUUUGUUUUCUAAGUUUUUACCGUUUUAUUAUUUAAAAAAAAAACAACAACUGUGAUUAUUUUAUUAAUCGUAAAAUUAUAGAGAGUCAUACAGAACUGCUGUUGAACAUUGGCAGGUCCUGGAGGAAACUUGCACAGUGUUUUCGUCAGCCUUUUAUAUUUUAUAUUAUUUAGUUUAUCCUUGGAUGUUUUACACCCAUAUAUGGCAUAUGGCGUGCUUUAGUCAUCUGACAAGGUGGGAGACUACCUGGAUUUGUUGCUGUUAGAAACACUCAUUGUCAUUGUCCAUUGCAAAAUGUUAAAAAAUGUGUUUUUCCAUUUUGUGCCAUAAUGAACACAACCCCAGUGUAUGAAAUCACUGUAAGUUAGGGAUAAUUUAUUGAACAGACCCCCAACUGUAAAUUCACAGCCCAGAUUUUCCCCAAUGAGCCAUAGGCCCCCCCCCCCUAUGAAACCCAGAGUGACUAUACAGUAUAGUCUAUUUGACUUGUCAUUGUGUAUUAUAACCAUGCAUGAAUCCAAUCUUUAUGAAUUAUAGAAUUGGGUUUAAAAAAAAAAAAUUGGGAAGGUUACGGUGGUGGUUUGUUUUUUUGUGAAUUUCCUCCUUGCUAUUUAAGGUUGAACUGGAAUUUGAUAUGUGAAACUGGAGCCGGUGGCUCAAGCUAAAAGAAAAGUAUACAUGAAGUGCAGACGUUCUUUGUGACAAUAUGAAAAUGUUUAUUUGAGGAACAUAUUUGAUUGAAUAUCGGUUGUGACAUUAUACUCCCUUUGACUAAGUUCUGAAUUGAAUUUCAAAACUGAAAGUAAAUUCAUUUGAAAUCAAACAUUAGAUCUGGCUCCUGUUUACAGCAUGGAGUGGAGUGUUUCACCUAUCAACAGUUACGACGUCUAAAACAUUUUUCAGUCAACUGAUGUUACAAAAGAAAAAGACUAUGUACAGUGUAGCCUAUACAGAACCUGAAUUGUGAAUGCUUUUAUUCUUAAAAGAUAGAUCUUU